AUGAAUUUUCCUGACGACGUUGAUUGCGUUAUUAUCGGAACAGGGCUCACGGAAUCCAUCGUCGCUGCCAGUUUAGCCAUUGUUGGUGCUUCUGUUCUUCAUAUCGAUAGCAAUGGCAACGUUGGAGCACAAUCUUCUCUCGCAGAGUUAAAUCUUACCCUUCUAAGUAAUCCCAUUGUUCGGAACUGUUCUUCUAAUUUUUUCGUUCCGGAUGGUGUAGAAUCCGUAUCUCAAGCGCCAGAUGAAACACGGGCGAAUCUUACAGAAACGCAGACAUUUGCGGAUGUCACUGAAACACCGGUAGUUCCGGACUCGCCUUCCCGUGUCUUAGAGCAGAUUCAGCCCUCGCAGACAGCUUCAAGUGCAGCUUCACCUUCUAUGAAUGCUACGCCUCCCGUUUGGACUAAGAGCUUCCUUAUUGAGGGUCUUAGAAGAGCUGAUUUCGAUGUUAUGCCACGCCUAAUUUUCGCUGAAAGUCCAUUAGUCCAGGCCUUGAUACGUUCCGAUGUCACCCGAUACUUGGAAUUUCGUUCUGUCAAUCGACUUCUCUUCUUCAAUCCCGAUGGACUUGAUGACCGAGGAACCGCUGCCACUGCUGCUGCGGCUACAAGAAGUCUUGAGCCGUCUUGUCUUCGGUCGUACUCUAACCCUCCCUUUCUUGUCAAGGUGCCCGUAUCGCGUGGAGAGAUCUUCCAGACUCGAAUCCUCUCUCUUACUCAAAAACGCCUAUUUGUUAGCUUUCUGGAGUGGUGUGUAACUGUUACUACUCCCACUCUAACGGAAACUACAGGAAAUGGAAUGAAUUCUACGGUUCGAAGCAUUGAUUUCUCGCUGGAUCCUGAUGAUGCAGGUAGCUAA